AUUAAUUCAACUGCCGCUGAUCGCGUUUGGAUUCAGCUGACUCCGAGGAGCUGGCUAUGCAUGUUCCGUUUUCUUCUUAUCUAACAACAUGUUAAAAGCGGGUGGAUCCCUUGUCUGCCUCGCUCGUGGCUUCUUAGUCUCGUCUCAAUUCCUUCCAGCUAUGCGGAUACGUCGCGACACUGCAUAUAAAAGAGGAUUAUCAUCCCUUGCGUUUUGCGGAACACUUACUCUUUGAUAGCUGCCUCUGCCGCCCACCUCGAAUCUAUCAUUCAUCUAUCUCUUCGCUCUUUCAAAACCGCAAAUAUGAAGUUCGCCACCACUAUCCUCGCGCUCCUCGCUGCCACUACCUCCGUCGUUGCGGUUGACUAUAGCAGCAUCCCGACUUGUGCUCUCACCUGCAUCGUCUCCGCCAUCACAAAGUCCGGCUGCAGCAGCACCGACUUCCAAUGCCAGUGCGUCACAAAGGCCAACGAGAUCACGACAAACGCUUCGCCGUGUAUCGCGUCUGGAUGCAGCAAGGACGACCAGGCUAAGGUCCAACCCGCCGUCGCCGGCAUCUGCGCCGCCGCGCUGAGUUCCUCUGUCGCUCUCCCCACCGCCUCCGGCUCCGCCGCGUCUGGGUCCGCCAAGUCGGCGACUGUCACCUCUUCCCCUACGGGCUCGGCUUCGAAGACUGCGUCUGCGGCCGGUGCGACGAGCACGGGUGCGGCGGCGGAUGUGCGUGGGUAUGGUGCGGCGGUGUUGGGGUUUGCUGCUUUUGCGAUGGCGAUCUGAGGGAGGAGCGUGUGAAGUGGAUUGGAUAAAUCUUCGACUCGGAUCUAAAUUUGGAUUGGCUAUGCAGAGGGAGCUUUUGGCGAAAAAGGUGACGCUAGGUGUAGAAGAGCCUCUUGUGUCUAUAUUCCAGCAUGGUUGGGUUUUUUCUUGUUCCAUUCGAGGUGGAAUUUGGUGUUGGAUGAUGGAUGGGAUAGAUGGAUUUCAUUGGUUUGGUCUUGAGCCGACCGAUUGGAUUGAAAUGGGUUAUUCUGCCUUUUUUGCUCUCCAAUUUACCUGAAGCUGUGUGGCCUUUUUACACUCUUUCUGAUACGUCUUCUUCAACUGUUCGACAAGAGGUGGUUCGCUCACUCUUCACU